CAAGCAUUCUACCCCACUCCAGUUAUACGGACCCAGGUAGCCAUUUUGUUUGAAAUGCCUAUAUUUUUUGUUCUGUGUAUUUUUUAAGGUUAUAAAUAGUUCAAAAAAUAAAAUAUUUUUUUUUUAAAUAAACUAGAACACAUAAUUGACUUAAUAGGUAAAGUAAAUAUAAUGAUAAGAGCAGUUUUAAUAGAUCUUAGUGGAACUCUGCAUAUAGAAAAUCAGGCAAUACCAGGCUGUAUAGAUGCAUUAAAAAGACUUGUACAGAAAAAUUUAUACAUCAGAUAUGUAACAAACACAACAAAGGAAAGCAAAAGGGUAUUACAUGAAAGACUAGUAAAUCUGGGUUUCGAAAUAAAUAAAGAUGAUAUUGUGAGUUCUUUGGGUGCGGCCAGAAUUCUCAUUGAACAAAGGAAAUUGAACCCUAUGUUAAUGCUUUCUCCAGAAGCCUUAGAGGACUUUGAAUCUGUUGGUUCCCCAACUGAAACUCUAAAUGCUGUUCUCGUAGGUUUAGCUCCAACAGAAUUCCAUUAUGAUCGACUAAAUGAGGCAUUCAGACUUCUUCAAAAUGGAGCUCAGUUGAUAGCCAUACAUGCAGGUAAGUAUUAUAAACAGCCUGAUGGUCUAGCAUUGGGCCCUGGGUGUUUUGUAAAAGGAUUGGAAUACUCUGCCCAAUGCACUGCAGAACUAGUUGGUAAACCAAAUAAGUCAUUUUUUCUAUCUGCUCUCAAUAAUAUACCUCCGGGGGAAGCUGUUAUGAUAGGAGAUGAUGUUACUGAUGACGUUCAAGGUGCGAUGAAUGCAGGCCUACGAGGAUACUUAGUUCAAACAGGAAAAUACAAACCUCAGGAUGAGAAUAAAAUAAAUCCCCCACCGACAGCAGUGUUUCCAAGUUUCGUGGAAGCUGUAGAUAAAAUUCUAUCACAGCUCUAAAUAUAUUUAAUAAUUAAUUGUACAUAUGCCGCGUUUGAAUAUCCACAUCUACUACAUCUACAUCUGCGUUUGUUUAUCCGAGAUGUAGCUAUCCAGAUUGCAUUUUUUAUAUCUCGAUUUGAAAUGAGAUGUUCGUUCCAUGCCAAAAAGUAGGUGUUCUGUGAAGCCAAGUUUUUUGAUUUAUCCUUUGUUUAUGCUUGUGUGAAUAUAAAAGUGAUUAGUUUGUUUAAUGUUUGUUUAGAUUUCAAAUUUAGGUUGCUUCCUAGUCUCAAAAGGCAAAUUUAAAAAGUAUAAACUUCUAACUUGUCAUUGUAAUUUUAUCACGUGACCAAUAAAGUCUAGAGUGUUCGUUUAUUA